GUACGCGAGAAACACUGCCGAGUGGCGCAAAGCUGGGACUCCGCUGGCCAACGGCUACUUUGCUGUGAUGUGGCAGAUGAUUGGCGAUCUCGAUUAUUUCUACUCCGUGCUCGAGUUGCCUCACUUCGCAAACGCCAACUCUUGUUGUCCGAUCUGCCGAGCUACAAGCGGAGGCGAAGCCACGUGGACAAACUUCUCUGAUGCGGCGCCGUGGCGUGGAACCAUCUGGACGGCUGCGAACUGGCGAUUGUGGCCAGAGAGGAGCGCGUGCCCUCUCUUUCGCCUUCCUGGCGCUUCUUGCCAUUCAGUGGGUCUGGACCUUAUGCACGCCAAGCACCUGGGAAGCGACCAAUAUCAGUUUGGUUCUUGCUUGGAGCUCCUGGUCACGUACAUCAUGGAUGGCGAGCCGGCUGCGAACUUGACAGUGGUGUGGAAUGAGCUCCAGGAAGCAUACCGACGGCUCCGUACACCGCCGCAGGCACGCUUUAGGUACCUCAACAAAUUGACGAUGUUUCGUCGAGUGGGGUAUCCGAAGUUGCGCGGAAAGGCGUCGGAGAUCCGACACUUCGGUCAUGCGCUUCGGAUGGUGUUCGAAUCACGCCACAACGCUGGUCUUCGCAUUCACCGAGAGAUCCUCCUGAUGCUGCUGCUUGCCGCUGAUGUGGUAGACAGGAAGCUCAACAACCGCAUGGACGACAUUGUGAGCGAGCACCGGCGCAGUUUCGCUCUACCACCAGAAGCUGCCGCAACCUUCAGAGAAAGCUGCAAUGGAAUGCUGGUGUUGCAGGCCAAAGUGGCCCGUCACUUUGCCGAGAACGGCAUACAGCUGUUCAACGUGACCUCGAAGUGUCACCUGGUGCAGCACCUGGCGCUGAUGUCGGACAUCCUCAAUCCACGAGUCAUCUGGUGUUUUGCUGGCGAAGACAUGAUGCAGAAGGCCCAGAGAAUGGCCCAGGCAGCUUGUCGUGGGGUAAAGCCGUGGCAGGUCUGUGCCAAGAUGGCAGAGAAGUACCGCUUGGCGCUGCAUCUUCGGUUCACUGCGCAUGAACGACAGGGUUGA